AUGUUAUAUCAGAUAUCCCAUGGCUACAUGAUGCUGUGCCCUGUUCAGAAUAGAGUUAAAUGGAGCCAAGAGGUGUGGGGUAGACUUAACCUGCCAAGACAUAGUUUGGUGUUCUGGAUUGCUGUUCAGAAUUGGUUGAGAACAAGAGACAAGCUGCAUAAAUAUAACAUAAUAGAUGAAUUUCACUGCCUGUUCUGUCGGCGUCACACAGAAACAGAGGAGCACUUAUUUUUCGAUUGCUCUUUAGCUUGGCUUUGCCUUCAGCAAGUGAAGAACUGGCUUCGAUGGGGAGCUGAAUCAAGGCAUCUGGGUAGUCUUCUCAGGUGGAUAGAAAGAGCCAAAAUAAGUAAGUUAAAAAAAAAAUGUUAUUCUGCUGCACUUGCAGCUUUGGUUUACCAAGUCUGGCAUGCCAGAAAUGAACUGCUCUGGAAUUCGAAGGUGAUGACAGUAGAUAUGAUUGCAAGGAAGAUUAAGGAAGAUGUAAAGCAUAGAGUUAGCUGUGUUCGGCCUCAACGUGUCAAUACAAUAGAAAUAGAAUGGUUCUUGGCCUUAUAA